AUGGCUUCUAACGCUCAAGUUCCUUGUGACUGCCCUCAUACCUGCAAAAAGGAUGGCAGAGAGUUUUGCUAUAUUGCACGACGUACUCGUAUACGCCAUCAAGAACUCACUGCACAACUUGGCAUGCAAGCUGAAGACGAGCGGCCUGAAUACACUUCUACUACAUCCAUCAAUCAAGAGAUUGUGUCUCAAGCACCUUCACCGAUUGAAAUCAGUAACCUGCUACUUAAUUAUAAUACUCAUCUUCUUUCAAAGCUUUCUAUACAUAAUGAAGCAGACGAUACAAAAGAUUCAGACCUCAUGGAUCUUAAGCAAGCCUUGAUGGUUUGUACUGCAUUACUCCACAGUACAGCAGUAAGCCGUACAAAAAUUGGCCACAUCAUUAAGUUUUUAAACAACAUCAUCAAAUAUACUGUAGACCUAUCUGGAAGGAAGGAUGAUUGGAAAGAAAGAUUUGUCCUACCACUAGAUAUUCGUUCAAUCACAAACCAUCUGGGUCUGGAACCAGUUCUCUUUCAAACAAUCUGCUGUCCCGGUUGCUAUUCUCAGUACAGCAUCACCGACCCAAUCAGGAUAUGUUUACAAAAGGAGACCCCACGAGCUAAGAGGUGUGAUACAAAUCUUCGAGGGGUUAAAGACAAGCCAAUACAAAUGUAUUCGACCCAGUCUCUCAUUGCAUGGAUCUCAAAAUUAUUACAACAUCCAGGAAUCGAGACUGCGCUGGAGUUGUGUGUUAGUCAUGUCUCUCCCAACGACGGCCAAUAUAUUCCCGCCUCUAAGAAAGUCGCAGGCUUUGGAAGUCAUUCAGCUAAUUUUCCCUGUGCAUACUGCUACAUACCCAAGACAAGUCUACACGAUGUAGACAUACAUAAGUACAAAAAAAGGACCAAGGAGGGACAUCGAGAAGAGUCGCAAGAGUGGAAAAAAGCAGGAACAAAAAAGUUGAAAAAUGAAUUGUUCUCAAAGAACAGUGUAAGAUGGGCUGGACUCAACGAUCUUGAAUACUGGGAUCCAACCAAGAUGAUCAUUCUGGACUUGAUGCACAACCUCGCAGGUAUCAUAGAAUAUCACAUCAGGGAAUUGAUGGAGCUUGAAGAGCCCUUGUUAAUUAGCCGUGUUCAGAAGGCAAAGAAAGAUCUUCGAGGAGAUCGGGAAUUACUGGAGGUUCGACAGAGGGAGAAGAAAACACAAAGGCACCAGGAUAACCUCAAGGAUGAACUAGAUGGGCUUGGAGCGGAAGCCGAAGAAUUCGAUAUUAUCCUUGAUAUUGAGGCUAUCGAGAUGGAAGGGGAGGACAUAGACAUGAUUUUGAUAGAGAACAAAAACAAUCUUGUUUCUACACUUGCCAACGAAGAUAUCAUAAUUCCUGACGCUACAAUUGACGAUGGUACAAGUUCUGAUUUGAGUUUCCACCCGGAAGAAGAGGCUGGUACUGUCUCUAGUGACGACUCCAUAGUUGAUGAUGAUUAUGAAAGUAGAAGUGAGGAUAGUCUGACUAUAGGAUCUGACGAGCUUGAAAACGCGAAGGAGGCAUUGCAACGUCUCAAAAACUUCCAAAAAGCAAUGACGGAAGUUGUAGUGCCUGCAUGGAUUGCUAGACCACCGUACAAUUUCGGAAACCCUGCGCACGGAAAGCUCAAGUUUGACACUUGGUUCAAGAUCUUUCAAAUCUUCCUUCCAUUAGUUGCAGCGGAUGUCUGGGAUCCAAAAACGUCACCUGCGGAGUUCGAAAAUCUUCAAGACCUAGUGGCUAUGACGAGACUCCUCACCAGUAAAAAACAAAGUACAAAGCACUCUGAUGCUUUACGUCACUUCAUUCCUAAAUAUGUCAAGGGGAUUCAGGACAUAUACCAGCACUGCGAGGUGAAACCAAAUCACCAUUAUUCCCUUCAUUAUCCUGAUAUCAUAGAUUACUCCGGACCAUCUGCAAGCUUGACAGCUUGGGCAGGGGAGAGAGUUAAUCAUCAACUGGCUAAAGUCCGUACAAAUAAGCAAAUGGCCACGAUGAGCACAACCAUGAUCAAGCAGGUGGUGCGGCACCACAAUCUAUGCCUUCUUCUCAAGACAUCCUCUAGAAUGAAGCCAGGUCUUUUGAAAAGCACAUUUGAGGCGUUGUUGCCCUUUGCUUCAGAUACAGAUUUCAUUUCGAAAGAGGUCAAAGAAGCCCCACAUCGACAAAAAAAACUUGACCAUGAUCUUUACUUGAUAUUCUAUGACAUGUGCUGUACUUUGGAUAGGUACAAGUGGCAAGAUGCAGGUCAAUUUCCCCUUGACCUUGCUACACCAGUCCUGAGUCCACAGGCAACUCCCCAUAUCAGUUUGGCAUGGAAUGGAAAGCGAGUUUCAACCUUCAAGCACCACGAAGGGAAUAGCUUAGUUCAAAUCUAUAGUCCGCUGUACAAGAAAAUUUUCUUUGGUUCGAUUUACAUCAUCUUUACUCAUACUCGUUCUGACAAUCUACGGAUCCAGACGGAGAGUUAUGUCGGCAUUAACAUAUUUCCAGAGCUUUCUGUGAGAGAUUCAUCAUACUCACCGUAUCUUUCCCAUACAUUUGCUAAGGCAAAUAUACACUUGAGAUAUGAGAAGUAUUCUUCAAAUUCUCUUAUUUGUAGACUGACCGAUAUAAGAUCUCAUAUUGCUAUCCAUAGGAAAGCUCCAGGAACUUAUGGUAUCUCUGAAGGCACCGUGGCAAUUGUCACACUUGAGGAUAUCACAGCCUUGUAA